AUGGAACAUUACCCUAGCAGGCCAGUAGAUCGUGAUAAAGCUGAGCAUGAUCUUGCACUCAACAUAAAGAAGGCCACGAGUCCUGACGAAACAGCUCCUAAACAAAAGCAUGUUCGAAAAUGCAUCGUAUACACUUGGGACUAUCAUACUUCGGACUCAAUAUGGGUAGGCCUUAAGAUUCAACCGAUCUUAUCCGACGAAGUGCAAACUUUCAAGGCCUUGAUUACCGUGCACAAAAUUCUCCGAGGUGGCCAUCCUUCCACCUUAAAGGAGGCGCAGAAUCAAAUUAAUUGGUUGGAAACGUGUACUAGAUCUGUCAACGGCGAUGGAAUACGAGGAUAUGGCAAACUUAUUCGUGAAUAUGUAGAAUUCCUAAAAGCAAAGUUAAGGUAUCAUCGCCUGCAUCCUGAAUUCAAUGGAAAUUUUGAUUACGAGGAUUACAUUAGUUUAAAAAAUGUGGACGAUCCGAACGAGGGUUAUGAGACAAUUACCGAUCUAAUGAGUUUGCAAGACCACAUUGAUCAAUUUCAGAAACUGAUUUUUGCACAGUUCCGGCCUUCUUCCAAUAAUGAAUGUCGUAUUGCAGCGCUCGUGCCAUUAGUAGAGGAAAGUCAUGCAAUCUACAAGUUUUUGAUGAGUAUGAUUCGAGCAAUGUAUCGACGCACGGAGAAUGCCGAUGUUUUAACUCCUCUUGUAGUACGAUUUAACGGUCAGCAUUAUGCAUUGGCGCAAUUUUAUUUUGAUUGCUCAAAUUUGAGAUACUUGACAAGUUUAAUUAGUGUGCCCAAGUUGCCACAGGAUCCUCCCAGUUUGAUUGAUAGUGCCCCAUCUUUACCGAAGCGCCCACAGUCAAAAUCACCCGCUCCACCAGAACCAGAAUCAAUAACAGAAUUUUGGAAAGAAAAUGAGGCACAAAAACAACAAGAACUGGAGCGACAACGACAGUUAUAUGAAGAACAACAAAGGCAACUUUUACAACAACGUGAACAUGAACUUCAAGCACAGCGCGCGAUGGAAGCUCAAAGACAAAGAGAAUUGGAAGAACAACAACGCUUACAACAAGAAAGAGAAAGAUUAGCCAGAGAACAACUUAUGAGAGAACAAAUGCAAAGACAAGCUGAGGGAAGAGUAGCUGAAUUAGAGAGAGAGUUGUUAAGUAUGAGGAGUCAUGUUGAGCGUGAUCAGAUGAUGUUGGAUCAAUAUGACAGAAAAGUUAAAUCUUUGGAGAACGAAAUGAGUCAACUAAAUCUAAACGCACAGCAACAAAUAAAUUCCAAGGAUGAGAUGAUAAAAAAUCUACAGGAUCAAAUCUUGAUGUGGAGGAACAAAUAUGAAGCACUUGCUAAAUUAUAUUCACAAUUGCGUCAGGAGCAUCUUGACCUUAUCAAUAAGUUUAAAGCGGCGCAACUAAAAGCAAAUUCGGCACAGGAAGCUAUCGACAAAAUGGAGAAGAUGGAGCGCGAUAUGAGAGCUAAAAAUCUUGAGUUGGCUGACAUGAUACGAGAGAGAGAUCGAUCAAGACACGAGUUGGACCGAUUAAAAAGUAGUCAACGUGAGGAUUUAGAAAGGGUAAAGCGUGACCUUUCUGAAGCAAACAGUCGUGCAGAAGAUCUUGCAAGGUCAAAGAGUAACGAAUUAAGUUCGUUAAGAACGAGAUUUGAUAGGGAAAAGCAAGAACUGGAGGAUAUUAUAAGAUCGAAACAAUCGUUUGUUGAUGAUUUACUAAGACAAAUAGAGGAAAAGAAGGGUGAAAUUGAGCGCGUGGCGCAGGAAAAAGACGAUAAAAUUGCAAUCAUGCAAUCUGCAAUUGAUCAGAGUGUGGAUCUUAUGGCGGAAAUGAAGAAGUCCACAACGGAAUCAGAUAGAUAUCAGUCCAAAUUAGACAAUUUAAUGUUGGACCAUCUUAAAAAUCUAAACGACAUUCUAGACAGUAUAUUUCAAUCAUGUAUUCAAAAGAUUGACGAUAGCUUGUAUGAAUUGGAAUCGCCUAUGCAAACCGGCAAUCAAAACUCUACUCCAGAGUAUACAUUAUCUAUGAUCGAGAAGGCAACAACAGAAACUUCGGAAUUUUCUUUUUCACUUCAGAAAUUUUUGAGAAGCGAUCGUACUCAGGAGCAUACUGAAGUUAUAAAGGCCGCCACAAAUUUCACUCAAGCGAUUUCAGAUGUGUUAGUGAAUGCUAAAGGGAUUACUCGUCUUGCUGGUGAAGAUGACGAGAUAGUGGACGAACUUGUUGGUACUGCUAAGAUGGUUGCCAACAUGUCUCAAAAGUUCUUGUUGAAUGUGCAGUCAUUCAAACUCGAUAAUUUAUCAGCAUCGCAAAGAUCCGAACUAGUUUCGAAAAGUGACAUUGAUGUUCAAACGGCUUUGCAAAAAGUUUCUAAGGUUACCGAAGGUAUGUUGAGGCACACAUUGGAUGUCACGAAAAAAGAAGAUGGUGAACUAGGCAAUCUUGUUGAGCGAGAAAUGAUGAAUGCGGCCAAGGUUAUUGAGAAUGCCACCGCGAGAAUUCAAGCGCUGAUGCUGAAACCUCGUGAACCUAACCUUUCGGCCACGGAAUUAAAUGUUCAUCAUGCAAUUCUGGAAUCCGCCUUGGCUGUAACAAAUGCGAUCGCGAAUUUGAUAAAAUGUGCAACCGCUUCACAGCAAGAAAUUGUUGCUCAAGGUCGUGGUUCCAGUAGCCACGCCGCUUUCUACAAGAAGAAUAAUAGAUGGACAGAAGGUCUUAUAUCUGCCGCAAAAGCCAUCGCAAUAGCUACCAAUCUUCUUAUAGAAACUGCAGAUGGUGUCAUAAAUGGUGAUCGUUCUCUUGAACAGCUCAUUGUAGCUUCGAAUGAAGUCGCUGCUGCGACUGCACAGCUCGUAGCCGCUUCGAGAGUCAAAGCGGACUUUAUGUCAAAAGCACAAGAUCGCCUUGAAACAGCUUCUAAAGCCGUUACGGAAGCUUGCAAAGCUCUAGUUAAAGCUGUGAAAGCGAUUGCUGCCAAACAGCUCGCGGAUAAGGAGGCUGAUAUAAAUUACUUUGAAUUGGCACCUCAUGAUUUUAAAGUUAAAGAAAUGGAACAACAGGUGUUAAUAUUGAAACUUGAAAAUGAGUUGACCAACGCCAGAAGAAAGUUAGCAGAAAUGAGAAAGGUUGGAUAUCACGCUGAAGAAGACUGA